GGGUAUGAGAAUUAAGGGUAUAGGACUGACAAAAUGGUGAUACUAGAUCCAUACAGACUCGCAUCCAAACCCAAACCAGGCCAAACUCAGGGAUGAAACCGGGCGAUGCAGCUGAGUUCCCAGUCCCACGCCAUGAUCUCCGGGGACCUUGGGAGUUGGAGGCGAACCGCCGGACUAAACCCAAAGCAGAAUAUGCACGACGAAUCAUGGGUAUGGAUAUGGAUCCGGGAUGAAGGAUCCAUUGAGUAAACAUAACCAACUGUCUCCGUACGCAGUACGGAGUAGAGAGAGUAAUCUAAGAAAUAUAGAAUCAGAGAGAGAGAUACCCCGUCAUGAUGGUUCCAUCCGCAGUCCCGCUGCUGUGAGACAUGGAGGGCGUGAUCUCCAACCAACCCAGGGUUGGAUGAUUCUACCUCAGAACGGACCCACUUUGCCUAGACCUCGGACGGUCAACACGACCUCUUCUUCUUUGCCUGUAUACUCUGUAUUUGAUCGUUUUAUUUUGGAGAAUGUCAGACGGAAGAUGAAUCUUCUUCCCAGAUUAUUGAACCGGAUUGCAAUCGGACCGAGUUUGAUCAUGUUCAUGUUUGGCGGGGUGAUACUCAGUAAAACCAACAACCCUGCUAGAUCUCGAGUCCUCCGCCAUGGUUCGGAACCAUGGAACCAUGGAAUCUCCCCUGGAAAUCCCAACCCUAAAGGGCCUAAACAGGGAGUUCGGGGACUCUGACCACGACGCUAAUGCAGGAACUCGACGAGAGUCUGGAGGGGAGGAAAGGAUUGGACUGGAACCACACCCAAUCCAGUCCAGUCCCGGGUUGAAUCAGAUGG